AUGUUUGCUAGCAAGGAAUUACUAUCAAAGUCGUUUUACUACAUUGCUAUAAAGAACAACUUUGAGUUCAAGACUGUGAGAUCAAAUUCUAAAUCUAUUGAGUUUAAGUGCUCCCAAGAUAAUUGUCCAUGGUAUGUUCGUGCAUCUCAUUACAAGGGUGGAGAAUUAUGGCGACUAAGGAAGUAUAUUGCUAAUCACAAUUACUCCAUAAAUGUUAUUCAAACUACUCAUAAACAAGUAUCUUCAUCAUUGAUUAGUGAUUGUAUUGUAAAAGACUUUAGUUCUUUUGACCGUUCGACUCCAAAUGAUAUUAUGAUUCACAUGCGUACUAAACUUGGUGUAAAUGUUAGCUACUAUAAAGCGUGGAGGGCUAAGGAACUUCUUAUGAAUUCUUUGAAUGGUGAAGCAAAAGAAUCUUAUGCCUUGAUUCCAAACUUUUGUAUGAAACUAAAAGAAAUCAACCCAGGUUCAUUCACUGCUUAUGAAACUGAUACAGAGGGACAUUUUAAGUACUGUUUUAUGGCUAUUGGAGCAUGCAUUGAAGGAUGGAAAUAUUUUCAGCCCAAUAUAUCAGUUGACGAUACAUUUUUGAAAUCUAAAUAUGGUGGAACUCUUUUGACAGCCUCAACAAUUAAUGGUAAAAAUCAAAUUUUUCCAUUGACCUUUAGUACUGUAGAUUCUGAAAAUGAUGCAUCCUGGAGAUGGUUUUUUGAGAAUAUAAAGAAUAGUUUAGGGGCUCGGGAAGAUUUAGUUGUAAUAUCUUAUCGACAUUUAAGUAUCUCAAAAAGUGUUCAUAAUGUUUUUCCAAAUGCUGAAUAUUGCGUUUGUUUGCAACACAUUCUAAAAAGUUUGAAGUUGAUAUAUAAGGACCCUAUAAUUGAUAAGCUUUUCUUUAGAUGUGGAAAAGCAUAUACAGUUGUUGAUUUUGAGACUAAUAUGAGAUGGAUGGAGUCUAUGUAUCCUAGUAUACGAGACUAUCUUAGUAAGCCGCCGUCGCGUCUCCACUCGCAGCCACAGCUCCCUUGCCAAACCAUGACCAUCAUCGGGUUUUGUCUGCAUGCCAGAUCUGUGUUCCUCCAUCCCGUUUGUGCUCUCCAUUCGAUGAGCCCUAAAAUCGUCUCUGGCUUGGUGAAAGUUUUGUGGUCAGGACAAAAUUGUGUUGGAGUUGAAUUCUUGGAUUAUACAGCGGAUUUGGUUGGAGUUCGAUUCUCCAUUUUGCUUGGGUGGAUUCAUUGGACUUCGAUUUAA